AUGACGGAGCUUACAGAGGCCGAUACGAUUAGAAUCCUAGUUGCAACGGAUAACCAUGUCGGCUACGAGGAGCGCGAUGCCAUUCGCAAAGAUGAUAGUUGGAGGACCUUUGACGAAAUCCUGAACCUCGCCCGAACCGAAGACGUCGACAUGGUCCUACUAGCAGGCGAUCUUUUCCACGAUAAUAAACCCUCUAGGAAAUCUCUUUACCAAGUUAUGCGCACACUACGGCAAAAUUGCCUCGGCAUGAAGCCGUGUCCGUUGGAGUUCCUCUCGGAUGCCGCCACCGUGUUUGAGGGAGCAUUCCCCCAUGUCAAUUACGAAGAUCCCGACAUCAACAUUUCAAUCCCUGUGUUCUCCAUCCAUGGCAACCAUGAUGACCCCUCUGGUGACGGCAAUUACUGUUCGCUCGACUUGUUGCAAGCCGCAGGUUUACUCAAUUACUUCGGACGGGUGGCUGAAGCUGAUAAUAUCGAGGCUAAGCCAAUUCUUCUGCAAAAGGGCCUUACGAAGUUGGCUCUGUUUGGGUUGAGCAACGUGCGCGACGAACGAAUGUUUCGAACUUUCCGAGACCACAAAGUCAAGUGGUUCAGACCAAAUGUGCAAAUGGGCGACUGGUUCAACAUGCUGGCUGUCCAUCAGAACCACCACGCACACACCGCAACGUCUUAUCUUCCCGAGAACGUACUACCAGAUUGGCUUGACUUGGUCGUUUGGGGACACGAACACGAAUGCCUCAUCGACCCGACACAGAACCCUGAGACUGGUUUUCACGUCAUGCAACCGGGGUCUUCGGUGGCAACGUCGCUGGUACCGGGAGAAGCGGUGCAAAAGCACGUGGCGAUUCUAAGCGUAACUGGGAAGGACUUCAAAGUUGAUAAAAUACCGUUAAAAACGGUGCGGCCAUUUGUCACUCGAGAACUCGUCUUGGCUCAGGACAAGCGGUUCAAGGGCCUGGACAAGAAGAAAGACAACAGACAAGAAGUGACUAGACGCUUGAUGGAGGUUGUGGAAGAGAUGAUUGAGGAAGCGAGUGCCGAUUGGGAGGCUAUUCAAACGGACGAAGAGGCACUGGAAGAGCGGCCACUUCCUCUAAUUCGGCUCAAGGUAGAGUACACAGCUUCAGAGGGCGGCCUGUUCGAAUGCGAGAAUCCUCAGCGCUUCUCGAAUCGAUUCGUCGGCAAGGUUGCCAAUACAAACGAUGUCGUAUACUUUUAUCGCAAAAAGUCAUCGCAGCGCAAGGCAACUGCUGCCCUUCCCGACAACGUUCUAGAAGCCCUCGCCGACGGCGCAGACUCAGUCAAGGUUGAAUCGCUGGUACAAGACUUCCUGUCCGCUCAAUCUCUCAAAGUCUUACCGCAAGGUCCCUUUGGAGAUGCCGUCAACCAGUUCGUUUCCAAGGACGACAAACAUGCAAUGGAGCUGUUUGUAUCGGAGCAUUUGACAGGUCAAGUGAAGCAGCUUCUCGGUCUCGAAUCCGACGACGAAGAUCUCAACAGUGCCAUGGAAAUAUACAGAACAAGGAUUGAGCAACAAGUGACUAGUGGGCCAGGUAGAGGAAUGUUCCAUACUGAAAGAAAACGCGUCCUGAAGCCAAAGCCCGACACUUGGGAUAGUGAUUUCGACGGCAAUUGGGAAGAUGAGCCGGGUGCUUGGACAUACGAAGCCCCGACCCACGACCUGAGCCUCACCACAACACAAGAAUUUGGACCAUCUGGCCGAGGCAGGGCGGAAGCAGAAGCCGGUAACGAGGAUAUCUCUGACGACGAGCCAGCGCCAAAAGCUACGAAACGGUCAACGGCAAGAGGUGGUAAAGCGGCCACGGCCACGAAGAAGGCACCGGCUCGGAAAGCUCCCGCCAAGGGACGGGGCCGCAAAGCCGUUGAGCAAAGUGAGGAAGAGGAGGAGGAUGUGGUCAUGGAAUCAGACGACGAGCCUCCACCUCCCCCAAAGCCAGCUACAAGAGGCAAACGAGCCGCAACUACGAGGAGCGCGGCAGCAACAGCGACAAAAAAGACGACAACACGAGGCGCAGCGAAGUCGAAGCAAACAAAGCUGGAUUUUUCACAAAAGGGUGCCGGCGGCACUCAGAAGUCUGUGGAAAUUAGUGAUGAUGAGAUCUCUGACGAAGACGAUGCAUUCGAGCCUGCGCCGCCUGUCACAAGAAGAACAAGGAGACGGUGA